AUGGCCCGCGCGGAUGCCGCGAUCGAACCCCACAAGCAGAACCCAAUCCCGUCGAAUCCCACCUCUUCUUCUGGGGUCAUGGAUGCUUCGUACGAAAUCAUUUUCAUUGGUGUGUUUUUUGCCUAUCGCGUGCUCACGGAGCUCACGACCCACCUCAAACCCGCCGUGUUGGCGGACGUCACCGAUGAGGAUACGGUCAUUUUUGGCCGAACCGAGCCCAUGCCCGCGGCAAUCCAACGGCUGAUCGCGAUUCCUUCCGAACUUUUCCAUUCCCUGGCAAUGAUCUACAUCGGUCUAUCGCUAAACACCUUUGAGGCGAUCCCGCAGGAUGGCGACUCCUUCACAAAACGAACACCAGCGACCCGCAUCGUGUCCGAAAAGGUGGUGUCGUUUGUGGGGAUUAACAUUCUCUUCAUCACGACGUUUAUGUUAAUUGAGUGGAUAAAAUGGUAUGAUCUCACCGGGAGGUACCUGGUUUUCAUCAAGACGGCUAUGCAUAGGCGCGUCGAAAGGGAAAAGAUCGGAUAUAUCUAA